UUCCGCUCACAACUUUGUUCUUAAAUCAGAAUUAAUGCCGCCCGACACCUCAAAUAGUUAUACGAGUGCAAAAAAGGAUUCCGAAGCUGAAUCCUUCGGAGACCGGAAAACGGACUAUUGCGGCGCAGUUCAACCGAGUUAUCCUUUGAAGGACCGGUGCGGAUAAUAAUCCUUUUGGAGAGUUUCACGUUGUUUGCAAAAGUGGAAAUCGCGGAAAAGAAAAUGGGAAAAAUCGCUUUUCGUAUGAAUUAUAAUUUCGGGGUUUGCAUCCGUACCGACGCCUAUGGAGGUAUAACGUUAUCAUCCUGUGCUUGAGUGUUGGGAGGAGCUUUUUCGAUCAGACACACCCAUGCUACAUUACGGAGGAGUACAGAAGGUUGUUUAUCGUGUGUCGGGGAGGACCUCUGCGAAACAAAUACUGAUUCAUCCAGGACACUUGUGUGCCUUGAUAUAGUCAACCGACCGACGGCUGUUAAGGGUUGACGCGACGCAAAGCAGUUAAAAGUCAAUUUUGACUCCGAUUGUUUUUCUUUUGAGAAAGACAACACACAGAUAGGAGAGACGAAGAUCCGUUUUGUGUCCGUGCUAUUCAAGUUCGAAACUAUGAUAAACUUCUAACGAAAGAUAAAGUCGUACAUUUAUUAUUAUCGAAAUGUCUUUGGACUUGACCUCUGUGAGUACCAUGCCAUUGGAUUAUAGUGGAUCGUCGAUUAAGAAUCGAGAGAUAUCGCCGAGUCCUUUGGUGGUCUCUGAUUCAGGACGUUUGAGCCCCCGAGGAAACAGUGCUUUUACUAUUGUCAAUCCUUCAGCCAGGAACGAUAAAAUCAAAUUCGGAGUAAACAGACUGGUAGCCAAUCAACUGUCGGAUCAGGAUUAUCCUUCACAUAAGAACGUUAUUGACGAAAAUCAAUCGUUUCACUAUUACGUUGAUAGACAUGAAGACUCAAGAAGCAGCAGUACGUCGCCCGUGCAAUUCCAAGACAAACUUGUGGACCCUGCGAUUUUAUGUCCUAGCAAAACGACCUCGCCAGACAUAGAGGUCGAUUCUCCCCCGUGCUCCCGGGUCAGCUCACCCUCUCCUUCUCACCGGUUUUUUCCCGAAACAAAAAGUACAAGUUCCCUAAAAAAAUCCGAAACAUUUUCUGUGAGUGCGCUUCUUAAACCAGAUAACCCGAAAAGUAAACGUAAUUCCUGUUAUCAAGAAACGAUAUCAUUCACAAGGUCAUACUUUUAUCCCCCUAUUGUCGAUCUGUUAAGGGACGCGCAUAUCAAAACCAACCAGGACUAUGAGAAUUACAUCUUCCAAAGGCAUCUCUUGCAAUAUCCGAAUCUUCUUCCUCCCGGUAUAUAUCAAAAACCUAUGGAAGACAAGUCGUCUUUUGCUACUUCUUCUAUGUAUCUUAGUGCCGUUGCUGCCGCCAUGGCAAACGAUAAUUCUGCUAGUCUUCAACACGGACAAUAUCCCGCUCAAUAUCCCGAGGACUUUUUAAGAUUAAAACACCAAAUCUUCAAUGGUAAUAGCAUUCAUCCACAUAAUCAUUUACUACUUAGACCGAAUAUCAUGCCCUUAGGGGAUGUUUAUUCUUGUAUAAAGUGUGAAAAGAUGUUCUCCACCCCUCACGGUCUGGAAGUUCACGCAAGACGGUCGCAUAACGGAAAACGACCCUUCGCCUGUGAACUUUGUAAUAAAACUUUUGGACACGAAAUUAGCUUAAGUCAACACAGGGCUGUUCAUAAUGCCGAAAAAGUUUUCGAAUGUAAGCAAUGUGGCAAGUCGUUUAAAAGAUCCUCGACGCUUUCCACGCAUCUUCUUAUACAUUCAGACACCAGACCGUAUCCAUGUCAGUAUUGCGGAAAGAGAUUCCAUCAGAAGUCAGAUAUGAAGAAGCACACUUACAUACACACUGGAGAAAAACCUCACAAAUGCCAAGUUUGUGGGAAGGCUUUCAGUCAAUCGUCAAAUUUAAUAACUCAUUCGAGAAAGCACACCGGAUUCAAGCCGUUCGCAUGUGACCUGUGCGGACGAGCUUUUCAAAGGAAGGUGGAUUUGAGAAGGCACAAGGAAACGCAGCACACAGAACUCAGGUCGAUCGUUGCAUAGUGUCAAGAAACCGGAAGUACCUACACUUCUUCCAAUCACUUCCUAACUAAACAAAGACGACCUUAAAAUGGACCGUUUCGACGAAAAAAAAAAUAAUAAAAAUAGCACAUUAUCUUAUAAGUAUAAAAUAACUAAUACGGCUGAAUUGCCUUAUCAAGAAAAACUACAAUUUUCCUUUGUACAUAUUCCGUGUAAAAUAUUAUUGUCGGUUUUUUUUUGUUUUGUACAUAAGUUAAAAUUUGCAAGAUUAUUAUUAUUAAUUCUAUCGUUGUGAAUUACUUCUCAUAAAAUUAACGCUAAUUAUCCAAAGAAAUGAUGGAUGAGAAGAGAACUGUGAUCGAUCAACCAAAAAAGAAAAAUUAAUGAGAAAUUGUGGUGCUAAAAGGUUUUCACUCUGCUAGUGCCCCUUGAAGAAGCGAAUGGGAACUUCUGUGUUGUGCAAUUUGUUUAGUGCAAUUCUUAAGCUUUAGUGUACUGACUUUUUCACUGCAACAUGUAUCGAUUUCAAUUUUGAAAAAUUAAAGCUUGAAGUUAAAACAUUA